AUGGCUGCCAAAUUCCUAUGCUGCCUGCCCCUCCGCCUCGGUGUGGUCGUCAUCUCCUUCCUCCAGUUCCUCUUCAGCGGUGCCGCCGCCGGUCUGCUAUGGUGGGCCCUCUGGUACAACCACGAGAAUGAUUUGGCUGCCAUCACCCAGUCCAUGAAGACAACGGUGAUCAUCGUCGCCGUGAUAUACACUGUCGCAGCCCUCGUUGGUCUCCUCGGAUUCCUCGGCGCCCUCCUGCGCAAGAACGCCUUCGUCAAGACCUUCUACGUCCUCCUCUGCGCCGUCUUCGGCUUCCAAAUCGGCAGCAGCAUCUGGUACCUCGUCACCUUCUACCGCAACCGCGGCCAGAGUCUCGAGGACUGCCUCAACGGCACAACCGACGCCAACCUCAUCGCGUACUGCCAGUCGAUGGACGCGUACAAGCGCGUGCCUCAGGGCGUCCUGAUCGCUUCUGCCAUCGUUCCUAUCCUCAUUCAAGGAUACGCCUGCUACGUUGUUCACCAAUACUCCAACCGCCUGACACAACAACGCGCUGAGCAAGCCCGUGCCGCGCAGGUCUUCGUUCCACCAAGCGGCCCUGCCUACCAACCCGUCAUGCGCAACGAGGAGACCUACCCACUGACAAACCAAAUCACCUACCCCUAUGCCGACAACACGCACUCGUUCGGGCACCAGGCCCAGAAAUCUGUAGACGCUGGCCAAAAGGUCUAA